GUCCAUAGAAAGAAACAUAGCAAGUGAGGGUAAAACAAACAAACAAUCAAAAUAAAAAAAAUCUUUUAUACACACUCGCACGCAUACACACACGCGCACGAUCAUUUAUCAUGAGGGAGUGAUUCGUCUCCCGAAGUUGUCAGACUCUCCACUCUCCACUCGGUCCAGGUAUUCAAGUUUACAGGUUAAACUGUCACGAACAAAACAAAACAAAACUACUUCAAAUGUAUUUUCAACUUCAGAAACAAUAAUUCAUUUCGUGUUUAAACUAUUUCAAACUCAAGAACGGAACAAACGAAAUAGUUUUCAAGACGAAAGAAAUGAACGAAAAGAAAAGAAAGAAAGAAAGAUUUGUCUGGGACAAGUAAGAUUUACACUAUUGGUUUCUUUCUUAGCAUCACUCCGUUGAAAGCUCGUACUCAUCGUUCUAUAAGCCAUGGAUACAUCCAUGCAUCGCUUGCUGUUGGCUUUAUUCUCUUGUAUAGGAAGCAUCAAGUUAGCUUCAACGUGUAAAAAUUCUUCGCAAUGUGACAAGUCAUCAAGUAGAGCUCUCAGCAGAGCUAUGAACAGAUCGGAUAUAGUAGCUGUCUGCAGUUUGCUACCUAUCUACAUGCAAUGCCUUGAAAAUGCCUUAAAGACGUGCACCACUGACCCACGUGACCAGCGCCUGGACAGGGAGUCUAUUCGCUCCAAACUUAAUGGCCUGAAACUAAAGCACAAGAGUAUGUGUCCAGGGAUGUUCUCAGAGGACAAUGUAGCCUGCAGGACUCAAAGCCAUUUCUUGGGUCUAGCAGUGACGUCAUUCAUUAGCAUAUUCCUGACGUCGUGUGCCAUUCACCUUUGUCAAGUUUUCUUGGACUGAGUCCAUCCAGACAGAACAUUCUUUUGUUUUUAAAUCGUUUCUCCUCACCUUUGUAUUGAGCAUUCAGGCAUUUCCUUCUGGAAGUUUGUGUUCAUAUCUUUACUGAGACAACAAGUCUGUAUCUACUAGGCAACGAAUGGUGCUCCCUGUCGGGCCACUAGGGUAGAUCUAGAGCUCUAUUGGAAAAGGUCAAGAUCAUCUAAACAAUGUCAAGGAUGCUAAAUUGAGACUUCACUGCUGCCAACUCAAUUAAAAAAACAAAAAAAAAAGAAUUGAGCUCUAAAUGUAACAACAUCUCAUUGCCAGGCAAUUCAUCUUUGUAUCAAUUCUUCACUAUUACCGCUAGUUAGUGUUUUGUGUUUGUUUCUGUUUGUAAAUAUGUUUGAAGUCGUAGAGUGAAAGUCUGCUGCUUCCUCUUGGUUGACCUUAUUUUGUGUUACAUACAGAAGACUAUUUAAUUAUGCAGUGUUGAAAUGUAUACAGAAUUAUUAUGUAGUUUUUUUGUUUUUAAAUUGUUUAUCAAGACUUUUUUUUUACACCGGAUAUACCAAAAAGCUAGCGAUUUAAACUUUGACACGUAAACACUUCCGGCUCGUUGUGAAAACUUUAAGUUUCGAAAGGUUUGUACUUAUACCAUGGUAACAAAGUAACUACUAAUAGAGUUUCAAUUAAAUA